AAUUAAUCAUUCAUUAUUCCACUGAGAUACUCAGUGAGAUCUGAUUCUAUUUGUGCCCUCUGACACUAGCCCUAUUCUGCGACAACUCCUUACAUACUACGUACUGCUUCAGUCUAGCCUCCUGCUACAUACCCCACGCCACCUCCGACAACAGCCCGCGCUUACGGAAUUGCAACUCCAGAGGACUAUCGCUGCUCUCGACUUUAUAGAGUAACUAUUGACAGUCUGUUCUUGGUUUUAUAAUCUUGUUAUUUGGCAUUUGCAAGUCAGCAGCAUGGGUCAAAAGCAGUCAAAGCUUUCCCCACAGCAGCUGGAUGAGCUGGUCAAGGCCACCCAUUUCGAUAAGAAGGAAUUGCAACAAUGGUAUAAAGGCUUCCUGAAAGAUUGCCCCUCCGGCCACCUCAAUAAAGAGGAAUUCCAAAAAAUCUACCGUCAAUUCUUCCCUUUCGGCGACCCCUCCCCCUUCGCCAACUAUGUCUUUCGCGUCUUUGAUUCCGAUAAUAGCGGCACUAUCGAUUUUAAAGAGUUUAUAUGCGCACUAUCCGUGACUUCGCGAGGCAAGAUGGAGGAUAAACUAGACUGGGCGUUUCAGUUGUACGAUAUUGACGGCGAUGGGAAGAUAAGUUAUGAUGAGAUGUUGGCUAUUGUGGAAGCUAUAUAUAAGAUGGUCGGCUCAAUGGUCAAACUCCCCGAAGACGAAGACACGCCCGAAAAACGAGUCAAGAAAAUCUUCGGCAUGAUGGACAAGGACGAAAACGGUAGUCUGGAUAUGGAGGAGUUCAAAGAAGGAAGUAAACGUGAUGAGACCAUUGUCAGUGCUCUGUCGUUGUAUGAUGGAUUGGUAUAGUCUUUUUCGUCUGUUUAUUUUGUUUGCAUUACAUUCAAACGUAUGUUUUUAUGAUUCGAUUCUGACCUUAUGAAUUUCUGAUGGCUUGUCGAUAUACUCGACCUGCACUGGCAUACCAUUGCUUCUUUUUUCUUCUUUCGGUGUUGUUCUGGCGGUUAAUUGCAUGCAUUCUCCUGUCUUCAAGGUGACUGACCUGCUAUGUAUUUAUUCUCUGAUACUCACAAAGUAAAUUGUGCAACGGCUCCAUACACCUCUCCUUCGACCGGUUGGAGAUGUAUAUAUAGAUACAAUCAUGAUCAUCCUGGAUA